GAACUCGCUCAGCUCUUCUCAUUGCAACUUUUGCACGGUCUCUACAGUCAUGUUAUACACUAGCUCAAGUCAACCUGCAAUUUGGCUCAACAUUUGAGCCAAAAACAAUUCACAAUCGGCGGGGUUGUGUUGCAGAAAUCUUCCUCUAUAAUUUUCCCGUGGACUGAGCACGAAUUUGGAACCCUGGAUGGGAUUUUAGACAUGUUUUCUCACUAAUAAACUGGGCUAGUAAUGCAGGAGACAGAGACUCUGUCAGUGGCUCAAGAUGGCAGAUUUUUAUUGAGUUCUGAACAGAUAUCUUGCUUUAUUUUUUGCCAUGAAUAACAGAAGUCCUUGCACCGAUGGCCCCUGUGUACGAAGGUAUGGCCUCGCAAGUGCAAGUCUUGUCCCCUCACACUCUCCAGUCAAGUGCCUUCUUUAGCGUGAAGAAGCUGAAGGUGGAGCAGAGUUCAUACUGGGAUAUGACAGGGUACGGCACACACAGCAAAGUCGUCUACAGCCAGAACAGCAAGCAGCAUUUGUCCCAAGCCACCUCCCUGGGAAUCAACUCCUCUCUGCCCUACGAGCAGCCUGCGCUCAUCUUCCCGGCGAGUGCAGGGAAAAUUGUGGUUGCAUCGGCUAGCAGUACCUCAGGCAUUACAGGGCCUCUGGGGACUCUGUUGAGCUUUGGCGGUAGCGGUAGUGGCAGCGGCGGUGGAGGCAGUAGCAGUAGCGGAGGAGGAAGCGGUGGAGCAGUCCACAACCUGACCCGUCGCAGCACCGUCAGCCUGCUGGACACCUACCAGCGAUGCGGGCUUAAGCGUAAGAGUGAGGAGCUCGACAACAGCAACAGCAGCGUGACGAUCAUUGAGGAGCACGGCGGCGCCACAACGAUGAUCCAGAACGCAGCCAGCGGGGCCACGGUGGCCAUCGCCACGGCAACGGCCACAUCGACAGCCACCUCCAAGAACAGUGGUUCCAACAAUGAAGGGGACUACCAGUUGGUGCAGCACGAGGUGGUCUGCUCCAUGACCAACACCUACGAGGUGCUAGAGUUCUUGGGCAGAGGCACCUUUGGCCAAGUGGUAAAGUGUUGGAAGAGGGGCACCAACGAGAUUGUGGCCAUCAAGAUCCUGAAGAACCACCCAUCGUACGCGCGCCAGGGCCAGAUCGAGGUGAGCAUCCUGGCCCGGUUGAGCACAGAGAGUGCAGACGACUACAACUUUGUGCGUGCCUACGAGUGCUUCCAGCACAAGAACCAUACAUGCCUGGUGUUCGAGAUGCUGGAGCAGAACCUGUACGACUUCCUCAAGCAGAACAAGUUCAGUCCGCUGCCGUUGAAGUACAUUAGGCCAGUCUUACAGCAGGUGGCCACAGCUCUGAUGAAGCUCAAGAGCCUGGGCCUGAUCCACGCUGACCUGAAGCCAGAGAACAUCAUGUUGGUGGACCCCUCCAGGCAGCCCUACCGAGUCAAGGUCAUUGACUUUGGCUCAGCCAGCCACGUGUCCAAAGCCGUGUGCUCCACCUACCUGCAGUCAAGAUACUACAGAGCUCCGGAGAUCAUCCUGGGCCUGCCCUUCUGUGAGGCCAUCGACAUGUGGUCCCUGGGCUGUGUCAUUGCUGAGCUCUUCCUAGGCUGGCCCCUCUACCCAGGGGCCUCCGAGUACGACCAGAUCCGAUACAUCUCUCAGACACAGGGGCUGCCUGCGGAGUACCUCCUGAGUGCAGGGACUAAGACUACCAGAUUCUUCAACAGAGACACCGACUCCACCAACUACCCCCUGUGGAGGCUGAAGACACCAGAGGACCAUGAGGGAGAGACGGUGAUCAAGUCCAAGGAGGCCCGGAAGUACAUCUUUAACUGCCUGGAUGAUAUGGCUCAGGUGAAUAUGACAUCAGAUCUGGAGGGCAGUGACAUGCUGGCGGAGAAGGCAGACCGUAGAGAGUUCAUCGACUUGUUGACCAAGAUGCUUACGAUCGACGCGGACAAACGGAUCACCCCCAUCGAGACCCUCAAUCACCCAUUCGUAACCAUGACCCACCUCCUUGACUUCCCCCACAGCACACAUGUCAAGUCCUGCUUCCAGAACAUGGACAUCUGUAAGCGUCGUGUGGGCAUGUACGACACGGUCAACCAGAGCAAGACCCCUUUCAUCACCCACGUGGCCCCCAGCACCUCUACCAACCUCACCAUGACCUUCAACAACCAGCUCAACACUGUGCACAACCAGGCCACCAACCUGGCUCCCUCCACCACCAGUACCACCCUUUCCCUUGGCAACCCCGAUGUCUCCAUAUUAAACUACCGAUCUGCACUCUACCAGCCCUCAGCGGCCUCCAUGGCUGCCGUGGCACAGAGGAGCAUGCCCCUGCAUCCUGUGGCCCCUCAGCUCUGUGCUGCACGGCCUGACCCCUUCCAGCAGGCCCUCAUCGUCUGCCCACCUGGCUUCCAAGGUAUGCAGGCCUCCCCGUCCAAACACACGGGCUACUCUGUGCGGAUGGAUAACGCCAUUCCCAUAGUGACGCAGGCCCCCGGCACCCAGCCCCUGCAGAUCCAGCCAGGCCUGUUGACACAGCAGGCCUGGCCCAAUGGCACCCAGCAGAUCCUUCUCCCCCCCGCCUGGCAGCAGCUCACCCACACCUCAGUCCAGCACGCCACCGUCAUCCCUGACUCCAUGACGGCCUCCCAGCCCCUGGCUAACUGGAGGAAUUCUCACCCACACGGCGGCCAUUACAAUCCCAUCAUGCAACAGCCGGCGCUGCUGGCUGGCCACGUCACCCUCCCAUCCAACCACAACCAGCCUCUCAAUGUGGGCGUGGCCCAUGUGAUGAGGCAACCGUCAACCAAUUUCAACAACUCCUCUUCCAAAAAGAACAAGCAGCAUCAGAUGACUGCCAGGAACGUGUCUGCGUACGAGGUGUCCUCCUCCCAGGCGGUACAAUCACCACAGCACUCCAAGCGGCUGAAGGAGAACACCCCUCCACGUUGUGCUGUGCUUCAGAACAACGGCCCUUCCUCCGGCUCCAGCUGCGGACCCCCCCUGGGCUGUGGAGGGUGGGGACGGGGCGAGGCAGAGCAGGCCUCCAGCACCACCAGGGACCACCAUCAGCACCACAACGGGCAGCGUCAGACCAUCAUCAUCCCUGAUACGCCCAGCCCUGCCGUCAGCAUCAUCACCAUCAGCAGUGACACGGACGAGGAGGAUGAUCACAAGAAUAGCAACACCAACCAUACUAGCUCAUUCAAGCAGAGGAAGAACGUCAUCAGCUGUGUCACAGUACACGACUCCCCCGACUCUGACUCAUCCAGUAACAACAGUCCCUAUGCAGUAGAGUCCAGGCAGCCCAACAACAACGGCUACCAUGACUCCAAGACCACCCUGCUGGACAACUACAGCAACGGAAACAACCUUCGCUCCAUCAUCAUCCCCCCUCUUAAGAGCCAGUCCAGCGAGGUGCUGAGCGAGUGUGAGCGCCUGAUGCCAGGUACCUACAUAGAUAUCUACACAGAUGCAAUGAAUCAUCAGAAUUCGGCAUACAAGUUCAAAACCUCCAACGGCGCGGGCAUGGUGUCUGGCAACAACCACCUGUCUGGGGGCGUGGCUUACCGACAGCAGCGCUCAGGGCCAAACCCCUUCCAGCAGCAGCAGCCUCUCAAUCUCAGCCAGGUAUGGAGAGAGAGCCAAGCCCAGCAUCACAUGGUAACUGAGCGGAACGGAGGCCACCGGCGCCAGCAGGCUUACAUCACCCCAACCAUCGCAGCCCAGGCCCCCUACUCCUUCCAGCACCACAACAGCCCCUCUCACACUGCCAACGUCCACACCCACCUGUCUGCCACCCACCUGGCUGCCACCCACCUGCCCGGCCAGCCCCACCUCUACACCUACACUGCCACGCCAGCAGCCCUGGGCUCCACGGGCACUGUGGCCCACCUGGUGGCAACCCCGGGCUCUGCCCGCCACACGGUCCAGCACACCACAUACCACACACCGGGCAUUGUUCACCAGGUACCCGUCAGCAUGGGGCACCACGUGCUGCCCUCACCCACCCUGCACCACAGCCAGUACCAGGCUCAGUUUGCUCACCAGACGUACAUCAGCGCCUCCCCUGCCUCCACUGUCUACACUGGAUACCCACUGAGCCCCACCAAGGUGAACCAGUACCCUUACCUCUAGAGCCAAGCCAACACACUGGAGACCCAGACCCCCAGAUCCAGACCCCAGCAAUGCUGCUGCUGCUCACUCCAUGUCCUCCCUCCCCAUCCCCACUCCACAGACAGAGAGAUAGAGAGAGAGAGACAUGCAAUCUUUAUAAAACUGUCACGUUUACUUGAAGACAUAAUGACAGAGAGGAAAAAGGUAAAUAAAUAGACAGAGAAAGGAGAGGUGGAAUUUCUAUUAUUACUUUUCUUUUCCCAAAAAAUUCUCCAAAAGGGCCAGUUUUGCUUUGUUUUCUCUCUUGGUUUUAUUUCUACUUUCAAAUGAGAGUAAUUUCUCAUUAUUUUAACGCAAGGUCUUCAUAACGGGCCUUUGGGAGAGGUGGAGGCUUUUUGUUCUCCUAAAACAGCUUUUUGUUUGUUUUUGUUUUCCCGUCUUGAAUUGGAAAGGGUCUGUUUUAACAAGGGGUCCCUCUCUGGAUGUUGGAAUUCCCAUCAUAAGAAUUCCCAUGAGAAUUCCCGUGAGGAUUUGGGAAUGAAGGUGAAAUACGGAAACCUGCUGCUCUUCAAAGAAUAAAACAAAUAAUGAUGGCCUUGAACUGUCUUAAACAUUUCCAAAUCAUUCAAUGUGUGGGGGAGAGAGAACAUCCCUCUGCAUCCCACACCCCUCCUUCUCCAGGAGUCAGGAGUCUUCUGGAAAUAUAAUCAACAAAAGACAAAAAAAUACGUGUUUUCCCUUUGUUUUUUAGUUCUCACCUUUUUGAGAAGACUUGUUUUAGCUAUAGGAGUUGUAGCUGGGCCCUGUUUUUAGAAUGUAGCAGUCUGCACCCAGAUUAUUUUAUGAAUAACUUUUUCUGAUACCAAUAGAAUUUAUUUGUUCCUCUUUUUUCAUUGUGAUUGCACAAAGUGGUUAUAAUAACAUAGGCAUGUACAAUGUGAUUGUCUGUGUGUGCGUGUGCUACUGCCAGCCAUGUGUGUGUAGUCCACCUCUUGCACCUUUGUGCUAUAAUACUUGGAAUCCUCCGUAGUCUUAGGUUUGACCAUUGUUCCCUCGUAGUGCCUUACAGAUAUAACGACACAGUUUACUUCGCUGGAACCUUGAGAACCAACAGACUAGCUGGAACUGGUUCCUUUCUUUGACGUCUUAUUGUCAGGGCAGAUUUGAUUUCUCUUCCAGGUGUAGGCUUAGCCCCUAGCUCUGUGUCCUAUCCUUAUGACAGUAUACUACAGCCAUAAAAGGUUAGAGUUCAUAUUUAACUGACCUUUGGCUUUUUUGUAAAGUGUACAUGAGUUUAACUUGCCUGGGGUACUGAACCAAAGUCGUUAGAUCAUUCUCUUUACAUUGUGUGCUGGAUAUACAUUUUUAUUUGUGUACAGUAUAACUGUAAGUCACCGUGGCGCACAUACAUACAAUGGCUUUAGUUUGAGAUGUGUUACUUUGUUUUUUAUAUCACACAAGGGAGUCGGUGCCCAGGAAUAAUAGAACAGAGAAGUAUCAGCACAAGGAUCCAAUUAGGGGUAAUGGAAAAAGCAAAAAUACAAGAAAGUGACUGUCAAAAACAUUUAUGUGAUGAGUUCAUUUGACACAUCAAUAGUCCAGAGUUCGAGAAAAAAUAGGAAUCUGAGGUUAACAGCUAAACCAGUAGAAAGGCCUGAUGGGAAGUGGUGGUUGCUAUGGCGGCAAUCCUCAGAAGGCCACCGAGAGAGCCUGGUUUUUUGCAGUAGGGAAGCAGAGUAUUGAGGACUGUUGAGAGGGGUUGCUGGGUAGGAGUAAGACCUGGGUUCAAAUACUAUUUGAAAUCUUUUAAAUAAUUCUAACGUUUGCUUUAGAAUGCCUGCAGUGCCAGAUGGGCGGCGUUUGCAGUUUUUCAACCAUUGCAUUGCACCAGGCAAACUCAAUCAAGUGCAGCUAAAGUAUUUGAAAUGAUUUUAAAUAGUAUUUAAACCCAGGUCUGGCAGGAGUGAGUGAGUGAGUGAGUGAGUGAGUGAGUGAGUGAGUGAGUGAGUGAGUGAGUGACUACCUGACUGACUGACUGACUGACUGACUGACUGACUGACUGACUGAGUGAGUGAGUGAGUGACUGACUGACUGAGUGAGUGAGUGAGUGAGUGAGUGAGUGAGUGAGUGAGUGAGUGAGUGAGUGAGUGAGUGACUGACUGACUGACUGACUGACUGAGUGACUGACUGACUGACUGACUGACUGACUGACUGACUGACUGACUGACUGACUGACUGACUGAGUGACUGAGUGACUGAGUGACUGACUGACUGACUGACUGACUGACUGACUGACUGACUGAGUGACUGAGUGACUGAGUGACUGACUGACUGACUGACUGACUGACUGAGUGAGUGAGUGAGUGAGUGAGUGACUGAGUGACUGACUGACUGACUGAGUGACUGAGUGAGUGACUGACUGACUGACUGACUGACUGACUGAGUGAGUGAGUGAGUGAGUGAGUGAGUGAGGGAGGGAGUGAGUGAGUGACUAGUAGAAAGCAUUUGGUUGGUCUGGGUAGGAACUGAGGAUGGCAGAGUGGUAGUGUGGCAUUCCUCAUGUAAAUGGGACUAAAAGAAUAGAAUGUUGGCAUGGAGCAGGUUGGUAGUAACAGUGACGGUGGGCAGGAGUUACAGGAGCACUGCAUGAAUGCACACCUAACUCUGAUACAAGUUGUUGUGUUGUUGUAGUGGUUUUGUAAAGAUAAAUGGAAGUUAUUUAGUCAUUUCUGCCCUGAGGGUUGUGUAGCACCUCUCCGCAUAGAGAGAGACAUGAACGGAACAGAAAUGCUACUGCGUACACCUGGAAGGGCUUACUAUCAAAUGGGCUUCAUUUGUUGACACUGGAUCCAUUUUGUCUUCGGAAUCAUGUGUUCACAGAUAGCAUACCACCAGAAAGGGAUACAUGAUAGGAAGAGAACUGAUUGGGCUGUUGCUUCUAUGUGUUUGCUGCUUAAUUUAAUAUCAGUUGUAUUUCUCGUAGCCAAUGAUAUAUGAUUACUAUGUUUGUUGUAGUGUCCUCAUGAAGUAGGCACAUCAGAAAUACUUGUGGUUUUAGUGAGAGCCUUCCCCCUUAUCCCUUCAUGUCAUGCCAUAGUACUUGCAUUUUAAGUGAUUAUUUUAUUUCUACGUUAUUAUUGAACUUUUUAAAUGGCUGUAGGUACAGUAUAAACUGUAUUGUGUUAUUUUACAGAUUGUUGCAAUAAUUCUCGUGGAUGUUUUUAUCAGUGAUUUGUUAUUAGGCUCAUUUCUAUGUUGAUUUGUAACUGGGAGUUGCUGUACAGUGAUGUUAUGUAUUCAUAAGGAGGGGUGUAUACCUGUGUACAGUGAUGUUAUGUAUUCACAAGGAGGGGUUUAUACCUGUGUAAAGUGAUCAGGCACCGUUGACAAUAAUAAAGUUAUAAAGUUGACAAUAAUCUAUUUGGGCCCUUAUGGGUAGGUAGCUUAGACUUGAGUGUGUCAGAUCAAGGUUUGCUCACUAAACUAAACCUUAAACAACAACAUUUUGGUACUUCACCAAUAGGCCACCACACUCUCUCCAACUGGCUCCACCAUGCAAGCCUUGGGUUCCAGGCAGUCAAAGAUGUGAUGCGUAGCAUGUAAAGGUUGCUGGUUACAUCAUUUUCUUUCUGUUCGGUGGUGUAUCUUUGUUGGUACUUUUUUGUUGAUUUCCAUGAGGCCUGUGGGCCUAAGAACACAGAUAAGGGAGAUGCUUUUCCACAUAAGUGGUUGGCCCCUCCAUAAAGAGGCAGACUACUGAAACAUUCCACCAUAGGGAGAAUCUGGCAUCCAUAGUGCACACCCUACAGUCUCCAUAGCUCUCUGAUCUGAUGACAUGUCAUUUUGGGACCUGUCUUUCUUCCCACCAAAGAAAUUCAACAUGUUGAUGAUAUCCAGUACAAACACAAACAAUCCCCAUGUGGUCUGGCAAUAACUUCUGGUCUAAACAAGUACCUUUACAGCACGUUGAGUGUGCUUUGAGGGCUAUUGAUGGGUUUUAAGCAAAUGUUAGUGUGUGAGGUGUACAUAUAGUACAGUAGAACGGCAGUAUGGGCACAACACACACAUACACACUCAUAUAUGAAUGAUUCAAGUUGCCAUAAUAUCUUAAGCUAUUUGACUGCCAAUUGCAGUCCACCAUUCUCAAACAUCUAUGAUUUGAAAAAAAUAUGUUUUAGAUCUGUCACUCGUUACCCCCUAAAUGUUCCAUUACCCCCUAAUGUUCGUUACCCCCUAAAUGUUCCAUUACCCCCUAAUGUUCGUUACCCCCUAAAUGUUCCAUUACCCCCUAAUGUUCGUUACCCCCUAAAUGUUCCAUUACCCCCUAAUGUUCGUUACCCCCUAAAUGUUCCAUUACCCCCUAAUGUUCGUUACCCCCUAAAUGUUCCAUUACCCCCUAAUGUUCGUUACCCCCUAAAUGUUCCAUUACCCCCUAAUGUUCGUUAUCCCCUAAAUGUUCCAUUACCCCCUAAUGUUCGUUACCCCCUAAAUAUUCCAUUACCCCCUAAUGUUCGUUACCCCCUAAAUGUUCCAUUACCCCCUAAUGUUCGUUACCCCCUAAAUGUUCCAUUACCCCCUAAUGUUCGUUACCCCCUAAAUGUUCCAAUGUUGAAUCUCAAACUUCUCUCUGAAUUGUUUUACAUGUAAGUGUUUUUUACGUUGUCAAAGUUAUAUUUGAGCUUUAUUAAUGUUGUAAGCAGAUUCAUUUGUAAAAAACAAAAACAUGUUAUACGUUAGUGCGCCAUAGGAUGACCUAUAGAGUGAAAUAAAGAAAACAAAAAAUACCUUUCAAAUAAUGGUCACUAGCACAAAAUGAAUGUAAUAUGUGACCUGCUUCAUCUGAAAUGCUUUAGAUAUUUCUGCUUGAGUGAUCAUUCAUUUAAGUAAAGAUUUGAUUUCUACAUUGGCGCUUGCACCGCCAGGGUUGUGGGUUAGAUUCCCGGGUCCACGCAUACGUAAAAAUGUAUGACUGGAAGUCGCUUUGGAUACAAGUGUCUGCUAAAUGGCAUAUAUUAUUAUUACAAAAGAAAUUGUUGCCAUGCAAGAUGCGAUAAGUCUGAUUCCAGCUAAAACAACUUGACUCAACAUAAAUUCAUAGAAAAAUGGAAAAUGUUUCUUCCAAUAUGGGGUUUUCAAAUAUUAUUUAUUUGAUUUCAUUAAAACAUUUUCCAGUAUAAUCUAUAUUUAGCAAUAUACGAGAAGCCCUUUUAACCCUACACUCAAUUUUGUUUCAAUGGACUUGCUAUAUUUUGAAUGAAAUAAUAUUUUAAUGUGUAAAAUAUUUUAGCGUCGUACCACUUUGUUUAACGUGUUAUGUGUUUUAUGGAAAAUAUGAUUCAGUGUGAGCAUUAACGUAGAUCCUUACAAUUACCAAAAUGUGGUAUUCUUGUGCUAAUGAAGUUUGUUUACUUUGAACAUCAUCUCUCCCCUGCUACAGUAGCCAUUUCAAUGUUAGAAUAAUGCCUUCCAAAUAACUAAGCUAUACCCUCAGAGCUUUAAGGUGUGGUUUCAAUUAAAGGGGGCUGUGUAACGUGGUCUUUUGGUGAAGCCUGGUAUUUUUACAACUUUGUUGUUCUUAAAAUACUUGCGCUACACAAGAAGUGUUCAGCUUCCAACUUUUCCCAGAGUGUGAUUGCGAGUACUCUUUCUGGAUCCUUGUAUGAAAUAUUGUGAAACAUUUCUGAAGGCAUGGCAUACAUUGCCAGUUAGUCUUCUCAGGUCAAACCCCUCUGAAGUGACUUAAAUCAUUUUAACACCUUACCAGAAUAGAAUAAUCACACAACCUCUCCUCCCCUUCGUGAGAGCUUUGCAAAGUACACUCUCCCAAAGAAGCAGGGAGGUAGGAAAAGUACUUGUUUUACAAUUAUUUAUUUUAUAUGCAUCACUGAAACUCUGUAAACUAAUAACACAUUUUUAAAGCCCUUCUGUAUGAGUAUUGAUGUGUCUGUGUUUGUAUGUUUGUCAAGGGAAUCACCCCCUUUUUCACCCCCUUUAACCGUUUGAUGCACCCUUUAAUGGAAUAGGUCAAGUGUUGUCAUUUGGCCAGUUUUUUUAAACAUGUACUUAAGAACCAACAUGUCAUAUUUUCUCCCCUCUUGCUAAAGACAUGUUAGAAGGCUCAUUUUCCGAUUAUGCACACAUUUUGAAACAAUUUGGUUUAGAAAAUGUAUUGUUUAGCUAUUUCUUGCCAGCUCAAACCGCAAAUGAGCAUUGUACUAAUGUCCUUGAGCGGAUGGGUUAUUGCCUAAUGAAUUCCCAUUGAUAAAUCCCAAUAUAAACCUUGCUUCUCCAUAGAUGACAGAGGGACAAGGGAUGAGAUAUAACAGUAAACUGCUGUAACUGUCACACUGUACUGUAGUCAUUUUGCAGUAAUAUUGAUCCUGAUUUUGGUUUUGUACUUGAACAACUGCAUUCACAAAGAAAUGGGUAAAAAAAUGAUAUUUUUGUACAAAGUAUCAAAACCUAAGAAAGCAUCAAUCCCUGUCCUUGUUGUGUGUCCAUUGCUGUAUGGUUUUUCAAUGGUGUUGAAAUCUCAUUGUUGUUCAGGCUAUUAUGUGCUGCAGUAUUUCCUAGUAUACUUUUUUGUUAAUUGUCUCUCUCAUUUACAUUUUUAUUUUUAAGAAGUGUGUUUGUUGUCUCCUUAAUAUCUGUUGAUAUAGCUUUCUAUGUACCAUAUUCCUUAAACUAAUAUUAUUGAGUAUGUUGUGAGAAUGGAUAUUUUACUGGCUUUAUAGAAUGUUUAAAGAAAUAUAAUAAUGAGAAUAAGAAGAAUGAUUAAUUGAACUCCUAAAGAGUUGAGUACUUGGCUACUAAGCGCUUGUGUUACCAUUAAGAUGUUGUGUGCUUCUCUUAAUCAUUUUCGUUGUAGAAAAAUGGAGUGAAUUUAAAAUAGGCUUCAAAAAAACAAAUGAUAGCAUUGUACAUUUACAGGAGGAUUUUAAUCGACAACUUGGUCAUAGAAGAAAAUAGUGAUUUUAAUUGCCCUCUUUACUAACUGUAGGGUGAAGGGGCUGGCAUUGUGGUGAACUAUGUUCUAGCUUGUUAUUCACUGUUACUUUUGAUCAUUUCUUCGGUCUCCGAGGUGAAUCGAGUUAUUCAUGAGAAUUUGUAUGCUCACAUAUGCAUAUUGUAUAUGUGUAGAAAUGUAAUCACACUUUGUCUUGGAUUUACAUUAAACUGUUAAGUCACGGCACCAGUC